UUGUAAAUAUGUACCUUUAUUAUUACUGUUACACAGCAUGGGCAGUGCUGCCAUCAUUUCUUCAUGGUUUAUUCCCACAGUUGGAUAAAGAGUGCAAAAAUCUUAGAAGAUGGAUCCUGAAAUACAGAAAAUGAGGGAAGUUGUCCUUGUCUACCUUGACAGAAGUGGUGGCCUUCAGAAAUUUGUGCAUGAUUGCAAAAAAUAUAAUGACUCAAAACAAAGUUAUGCUGUUUAUCGUUUCAUUAUUUCAAUUAAUCCUUCUGACAUUGCUGAAUUGGAUGCAACUCUUGGAAACUAUAUUCUUCAUAAUCCCCUACAAGCUGCACAGAUUUUUCAGUCAGUAUGCUUCAUAGCUAUUAAGACAUUAUCAUUAAUUGAACAAUUGCAGACAGAAGCCCAGAUCAGUAUACUGCUGAAACCAACACACGUGCCACCUUUACCAAGUUAUGUCCUGAGUCUUUCUACAUAUCCCUUUAAUUACACAUCUCAAAGAUUUUACAUGUCUGAAGGGAUAGUGAUUGCAAUGGGAACUGUAACAAAAUACACACAAGGAGCAAGAUUUCUUUGUACUGAGGAAACUUGUCCAUUCUCUGAAGGGUUUAGGUGCAUCAGAGUGCAUUGUCCUGGAGCUACAGAGUCUGCUACAGUGAGGACUGAUUUUGUGUGUAGCUUGUGUUCUUCACCACUGCAGGAAGAUAUGAAAUUUAGAGUACUUGGUGAUAAACAAAUAGUUGAAAUGAUUGAUGCUAAAAUACUGAAUGCUUUGAAAGGAUAUUCCAUUGAUAAAUCACAUUUUAGGAUUCAGGCAUUUACAUUGUUCUUGAGAGAUGAACUGGCCAAUAAAAUGACAAUAGGAAACCACUACAGGAUUAUAGGAAUUCCAGCUUGCGUACAGAAUGGCCUACAAGCAACUGCAUGUAUAGAAGUCAAUAGUGUACAGCUCUAUAAACCAAAUGGUCCUUCUUCUGUCAGUGACAAUUUUAAGUAUCUGCUCUCACUGACUUCAAGUUCAUGCUGGAGAUUUACUGCCAUCCUGGCCAACAUCUUUGCUUCUCAAGUUGUUCCACCAGGAACUUACAAUACUCUUAAACUUGCAGUAUUGCUGAGUCUAGUACAGACAUCUGAAAAAGAAAAUGCAGAUUAUCUGGAUCUCUUGAUUAUGACAAGUGACACACUAGUAAUUGACAGGCUUCUGAAUUACAGUUUAUGUCUUCUGCCCCGUGGCAUACGACACCCACCUUCCAGUGAGAUUUUUCCUUCUGUGUCCAAAGAUAAACACGGAACUGGAAGUGCCAGCAUUCAAGCCUGCAGCGCUGUGCUGGCCAAGGGUGGCGUCUGUUACAUAGGAGACUUAAGUUCAUAUAAAAAGGAUAAACUUGAACUUCUCCAGUCUGUGCUAGAGAGCAGAACAACAACAGUAUUUAUUCCUGGGAAGAAGUAUGGAGAAGAGGCUGACCAACAAGUUACUGUUUCAGUUCAGACCAACUUUUGGUCCUUUGUAGAUGUGGACUCUUCAUCAAAGAAACAUAUACAAAAGGAGAACUUUCUAAUUGGACAGAUGGAUGUGAGUUUGAUUCCAGCUAACCUUGUAGAUGGAUUUGGACUCUUGAUCUACACUGAGUUUCCUUCCUGUCGCCUGUCUUCUCCUGUUGUACAUCAUAUCUUGAAAAAAGCCAUUAAUCCUGAAGCCAUGCUGCACAAAGUCUCACAGCAGUUCAGAACACAGGAUUAUGAGGAGUUUAUUUUGUUUGCUAGGAAUCUUCAUGUUGUACUGAGUUCAGAAGCAGAAAGUCUCAUUCAGGGCUAUUAUCUUGCAAGUCGCAGGGUAAGAAGAGAUUCCAUUCAUGGAUCGACAUUAUCAGCUUCUGCACUAAAAAUUCUGAUUUCACUGGCUAAGGCUCAUGCCAAGCUCAGUUUAAGACAGACAGUACUUGAGGAAGAUGCAGUGAUUGCCAUCUUGUUACUCGAGUCAUCGCUGACCUUAAAACAUGGCACAUCUGCAUUAUGUGUAGCACCAAAUCCUCUAUUUCCAUUUGAACUCAGUGAUGAAAACUCCCUGCAACAGAGAGAUAUUUACCUCAUGCAGUGUCACCAUCAACUGCUGAAGUUUAUUGCUGCCUACAGCCCAGGAAUUCACAUUAACACUCAUGAAGAGUAAAAACUUCACUCUAAGUAAAGCCUGAGGUUUUGGCUUUUUGAGAGGCUGCAGUUAGAAAUAUGAAAUUACUAAAAACUUUAGAAGACAGUUCAGUGAUGUUUUACCAAGGAAUAAAGCAUAGCUAACCAGACUUGAAUUACAAGUUUUGUGAGAUAUUUGAAGGCAGGAGGGAUGUCUUCAUCCUGGAAAUCCAUGGCCAUACCUGGCUAACCAUAACUUCACUUCCUGGCUACCACUCUCCAUUCACAGUUAAUCAAGGAGUAAUUUAGGAUUCAGGAUUUUUAAAAAGACUGCAACUAAAAUUAAACCACCAGUUCAGAAUCCAGUAUUUUAUUUCAGCUGCCUGAAUUCUGCAUUUUUUC